AUGGUGAACACACCAACAUUGAUCGAGUCGGAGCCGUUAUCAUUGACCGAGUCCCACCUCUCGAUCGAGGCAACGAGGCCCUCGUUGCCACCGAGUCAAAGUCGGUCCGCGAGUUCGAGCGCCGGUCGUGUGCUGCCGAGUUUCCAGGCGAUGUCAUCGUCGCCCUCCGCAGCGGCUGCUGAUGCGCACGGGGCCCCUGCUACCGCGCCUGGAGGUACAUCCGGUGCACGCACAAGUACCACAAGAUCCGAGCCACGUCGACCAUCAACGGCCCCCAGUAUCGACAGUCAUGACACCCUGGUGCACGAGUUCGACACCCCAGUGAACUCGGCACGCGAUCCAAAGGACGCCGACGCGCCCUCUUCUAGCGAUCGACGCGAGGACCUCGAGAAGGGCAAAGUCGGCGCAAUCGUUGGUGAGCCGGUGGAGAAACCGCCUUUGACCGAUGAUGGACGAGUAAUCACCGUCGUAGACUGGGAAGGACCUGAUGAUCCCGCUUUUCCGUGAGUGUCGGAGAGUCUGCAGUGGCGUCGCCCGCCUUCGAAGCCUCCUGUCCGCGGGGGGCUGUUCCGAGCGCGCGCUAGCAGUACUGACCCCGAACGGAGAUGGCUCACUUUGCAGUAAAAACUGGUCGAACAAACGGCGGAUGGGAGCCACUAUGAUCGUGGCGAGCUUCACUUUCCUGUCGCCCAUGUCGAGCACCAUGAUCGCGCCCGCAACGGGGCAGAUCGCUGAGAAGUUUGGCGUCACAAGCACGGUUGAGAUCUCAUCCUUCACUUCCAUCUUCGUGGCCGCAUACGCCUUGGGUCCGCUUUUCCUCGGACCUGCGUCCGAGCUCUACGGUCGGGUUCCCGUUUUGCAGUCGGCGAAUCUCAUCUACCUCCUCUUCAAUCUCGUCUGCGCCUUCGCCAAGACCCCCACCCAGCUGCUCGUUUUCCGCUUCCUCGCUGGACUCGGCGGGUCGGCCCCACUCGGUAUCGGUGCCGGUGUUCUUGGUGACUUAUGGCGACCUGAAGAACGAGGCCGUGCGGCGUCCAUGUAUUCCCUCGGCCCGCUCCUUGGUCCUGCCGUCGGGCCGAUCGCGGGAGCUUGGAUCGCCGAAAAGUCCCGGUGGGAGUGGGUUUUUUGGUCGACGACGAUCCUCUGCGUGGUGAUUCAGGGUUUCGGCCUCGUUUACCUCCGCGAAACAUAUUCGCCGCAGCUUUUAAGGGACAAGGCCUCAAAGAUCAAGAAUGAGCGAGGAUUGCCGGCCGAUUCCCUCGAGGUGCAAACCAUUUUCGAGAUCAAGUCCGGAGGAAGUCGGAAACCGGUCGACGUCUUUAGACACAGCAUGGUCAUGCCUUUUAGACUGUUCUGGUCUGAACGUGAGUUGUUGAUGACGUGCCUAGUCGUGGUUGGGACGAAAUUGACCUCGGUAACACAAUUUCUCGACAGAUAUCUUGCAACUCCUGGCCGUCUUUGCGGCUUUCAUUUACGGCCUUAUUUACAUCACGACCGUCACGACGACCGACAUCUUCACGCAAGUCUAUGGUGAAAGCGUUGGAAUUGCGGGUCUGAACUUUAUCUCUCAAGGUGAGUUUGAGUAGAUGACGGUGCACGGCCCGUCACUUUGCUGACAUUCGCUUGAGAUCCCUGUCCGUCCUCUUCGCUUAGGUCUUGGCUUCUUGAUCUGGGCUCAGACCCAAGGACGCGUGCUCGAUGUUGUCUACAGAAAGUUCAAGGAGAGGUACGGCGGGGAGGGCAAGCCCGAGUACCGACUACCCAGUGAGUCUCUUAUGCGGUUCGGGCCAUGGCUCCAAGCAGUAGCUUACCGUCUAAUUAAUUCCUGUAGUGAUGGCUUUCGCUGUAACAUUGCUACCCCUCGGGCUUUUGCUCUACGGAUGGGGUGCCGAAAAUCGAUUGCAUUGGAUCGUGCCGAAUAUCGGAUUGGGUUUCAUCGUACGUUGCUCGUUGCCUUUUGCCUGGCCAGCGGAACCCGUAAACUGACCUGUCGUGCGUACAUAAGGCCGCCGGUAUGAUCAGUGCCUUCCAGUGCAUCAACAUGUACUUGAUUGAUGCCUUUACAUUGCAUGCUGCGUCCGCCGUGGCAGCCGCAACCUGCCUUCGUUCGCUGUGCGGAUUCGGUAGGUCAUCUGCGACUUUGCUGUCCGUCAAGAGAGACCCUCCAAGCUGAUCGAUGCUCAACUUUCAGGUUUCCCGCUCUUCGCCCCGUCCAUGUUCAAGGCCUUGGGGUACGGCUGGGGGUGCACAUUGCUCGCCGUAGUCGGAAUUGUCAUCGGUUGGCCGGCCGUAAGUCGCUCUUAGCCAUACUUUCGAUCCUCAAUCUCACAACAAUGUCUCUGACCCUCGCACCUCCCUCGUUAGGUCCCCAUUCUGUUCUUCUACGGCGAGCGCAUUCGAGCGUCGAGUAAAUACGCAGCCAAAAGCAAAGUCAACCCGAACUACUCAUAG